UGACAAGAGGCAGCAUUGGGUUUCCCUCACUCGUUCAUGUAUGUCCUAGUUGCAGUACAGUCCUUUUCUUUGUCUCGUUCCUAGGUGGACACCUGGUGAGAAAUGGCAGAGGGAGGCUUUGACCCUUGUGAGUGCAUCUGCACCCAUGAGUAUGCUAUGAGACGUCUCAUCAACCUGCUCAGGCAAUCUCAGUCCUACUGCACAGACACAGACUGCCCUCAGGAAUUGCCAGGUCCUAGUGGUCCAGUUGGUGGAGGAGGUGAUCUGACGCUCCCCAUGGUUGUGAUGGGAUGGAUGGUGCUUGCUCUGCUCCUGUUCCUGUUGCGCCCAUCCAGUCUCAGGGGUCCCCGUCCCACAGGCAAACCUCCUGGACCGCACAACAGAGGGGGAAGAGAGCCUCCAGCACCACCUGUUGACUAGCAACGGAGCCAGCGAACCAGCAUUCACACACCUGCUCUGACUGGAGCUGCACAGUUAGCUCUUUACUGUGACCAGGACGGUGCCAUCUCCCUGUCAACCUCCAUUCAAAUAUUGUUUGCUUUUUUUCCUUUUCUAAUGCCAUUAUGUUUUGGGGUGGAUCUGUCUAUGAGCCCAACUGAUGCUGGAUCAGUGAGCCCAAUACAGAUAUAAGAUUUAACAGUUAAAAAAAAAAAAAAAAAUUAAAAAUUAAAUUUCUUUCUUUUGUUGCAUAAACAUACAACAUAAAUAAAACCUUUGAUUAGGAAAUGUAAUGGGGAAUUUAAUAACUAUACAUAAAAGAAACAAUUAUUUCACAAACAUAAAAAUUGAAUCUAGAGAAAAAUAAACACUAAAAAUGUUAAACUGGUGCAAUAUAUCUGUGAUAAGCCGAUUUCUUUUGACUGACUAUAUCAGCCGACAGUACCAGCAUGUUGAUAUAUCAGCUGGGCUCUAGGUCUUUUAAUCAGAAGCUUUGUUAUUGUUCUGAGUCAGUCUCUGAUCCCAGCUCUGGUGCUGACUAAUCUGCAGAAACUCAGACACAAACUCAAAAUGAAGGAAUGCAUCACAUGGGUUGGGGGAGAAGGGAGGGGGUAGCGGAGAGUUUAAAUGUCUUGUUGCAGUGCUUGCUGAGUGACGAGGCAGGGCGGGUUCUUCAGACUCUGAAACAUUCCACUCUUUCCACUUUUACAACAGUGCCAGUAAUGAUGUCAUAUCACAUAAUGUCACAUAUUUAAAACCAGCUGACCGAUUACAUGUAACGAAUUUAUAUGGUUUAAUUAAAUUCUGAAUUAGGAUUUGGUGUACAGUAACAUGGCAUAUUGGGUUUUAAUGCAGUGAAUUUAUCUUCUGUGUUUACAUCCAGGCCUCAGUUAGAUUACAUACUCGCCCUCUGCCAGCAAAUAGUCUGGUCCUCCUUAUAUUAACUCUGCGUCUCUCCCUUUAUGUAACAGUGGGUUUGGUUACUGUAGUAACAGAUCUGACAGAUCUUUUAUGAGUCUGUUCAGAGGGUUUAGACAAUUUGACAGUUGAAUGCUCACAUUUCGACUGUGCGUCGUCAUUGUAAAACAAUAUAUUCUGUAUAAGCAAAAUAAGUUUUAAUCAUGUUGAGAUGAUUCCGUGUACUGUAAUUGUUUUGUAGUUAAAAGACGAAAAUGUAUACUGACGUAUUCGUAGCCGAGAAUCAUAUUUUAUUAGCACUUUUGUUGUGGUAUGUUGGCUCCUUUUUUUUGAAGGUGUAUUGUAUUGAUUCAGCUGUCUAAAUGAUGGCCUGGUGGAGAUGAGGGCAUGUUCUUACUACUUAUUGAGAAUCAUAGCAGUCUGUAACUAAUGGAAGCAAUCAAAGUUUCUAUGUCACAACUUCUGUGUGAUACUGUUCCAGACCAAUGAAAAUGUACAACCAAACAAGUACAUUUUCAAAACAGUGCCAAUGUGAAUUUAAAGUUCUGUUGUCGAUGAUCAUUUGUAGAACAACCUCUUGUGAAAGAACAGCAAUAUUUAUGGUCAUUUUUAUUUUAAAUUUGUGAUGUGAAGAAGACGAGGGAAUAAUCUCCAUGUUUUCUUAUUACUGUGGUUUAUAAUAGAGGGUUCUUUUCUGUACAUCUAAAUCAUUUUACAAGAGGUUUAUCCGCUAGAUUAAAGGUUUAAAUGCAACUGAAACAAUAGAAACCAACCCCUAAUGCUGACAAGGUUUUAUUCCUCAACCAUGUAUGUAAAUGUGGGUAGGUAUGUAUAACACAGCAAGACAGCAACACAAACCCCAGCCUCAAAGUUACAGAGAAAAAAAUCAACCCAGCUUUGAUCAAAUCUCAAGAAAAUAGGAACAUUAUAAUAAGUUGUAUUGUUUUAUAUGUCUAUUGAUGGUUACUGGAUUGCAGUACAUGAUAGUGGGUUUCCUGAUUUGCUAGUUACUGACUGUAUCGUUGUGAUGCCCCUAUCAUGGAAACAUGGCUUUUAAAGUGUAUCUGGGCCUUGUUUAUAUUCCAGGGUACCUGUAAUAUCAGAAAUUACAUGGAUUAGUCUUAAAAUUGAAGGGUCUUUUUUGAAUACUUUGUGUAAGAACAUGGAGAUGAACUGUAACAACUGUGGGUGUGAGUUCAUCCCAACAGUCUUCAGUAGCUGGCUCGUUUCCAUAUCAACGAAUGUUCUCUGAGAUUUUUGUUUACUAUAUCGUUGUAGACUUGCUCGGGAGAUGGCAGGCAAGAGAUAUAAAGGAGAAAGUUAAGCAAACCAUAUGUAGUUGCGUAUAAUUAACUGGGAUGCCGUACUAGAUUGUUGAGAUGAACUAGUGGACUAUCUGCCACCACAGGAGACCUUGAUUUACACUGUUUCUGUCUCAGAGAAAAAGGGCUUCAACUAUGCACUUUUCCUAUAACAAAACAAAAAAUAAAAAUAAUUCAGUCUUAUU